CACUGAGAACUCCAUCUCCUCAAACUUCCGGCAGCAGGAGCGGCGGGAACCACCCACUGCGCAUGCGCGGACCCACUCAGCCUCCUCGGGCCCCUCCCCUCCGCGGCAGGGCCUCGGUACCGCCUGGCGGUUGGUGUCCUCCGCGGCUUCCAACGGGGGCGGGCUUUUCGAAUCUUCUCGGAGGAGGCGCGGUGGCAGCCCCAGCUGUCUGCGCUGGAGAUGGAAAAGCCAACUCUGAGCGGUUCCGAACUCGGCCUGGCGGGGCUUCCCGCCCAGCAGAACUGCAGCAUUCAAGAAAAAAUUGACUUAGAAAUUCGAAUGCGAGAAGGAAUAUGGAAAAUCCUUUCUCUGAGCACUCAAAAAGACCAGAUUUUGCAUGCAGUUAAGAAUCUCAUGGUGUGCAAUGCUCGAAUAAUGGCAUACACAUCAGAGCUACAGAAAUUAGAAGAGCGGAUUGCAAAUCAAACUGGAGGAUGCGAUGUGAGUUUUGAAAGUAAAGUGCGAACAGCAUGUAAAGGAAAGAUUGCCAUAUCAGAUAUUCGAAUACCACUAAUGUGGAAAGACUAUGAUCACUUCAACAAUAAAGAACGAUCACAGCGCUAUGCCAUUUUUUGUUUAUUCAAAAUGGGAGCUGAAGUUUUUGAUACUGACAUGGUGAUUGUGGAUAAAACAAUCACAGAUAUAUGUUUUGAAAAUGUGACCAUAUUUAAUGAAGCAGGGCCAGAUUUUCAGAUAAAGGUGGAAGUAUAUAGUUGCUGUACAGAAGAAUCUUCUUUAGCCAACACACCGAAAAAGCUAGCUAAGAAACUUAAGACAUCUAUAAGUAAAGCCACAGGAAAGAAAAUAAAUUCAAUGCUGCAAGAAGAUGAUCAUGAAACAUGCUUGUUCUUCAGUUCAGCUAUUUCUGGUGCAAAGUAUAAUUUGCUAGCUCAUACUACUCUGAACUUGGAAAGUAUUGAGAAUAACUUCAAGACCCAUAAUCUGUCUAUUAAUGGAAAUGAGGAGUCUUCAUUUUGGCUUCCCUUAUAUGGUAACAUGUGCUGCCGAUUAGUUGCCCAGCCAGCUUGCAUGGCUGAGGAUGCAUUUGCAGGAUUUCUUAAUCAGCAGCAAAUAGUAGAAGGCCUGAUUAGUUGGAGAAGGUUGUAUUGUGUUUUGAGAGGGGGUAAACUCUAUUGUUUUUAUACCCCAGAAGAAAUCGAAGCUAAAAUUGAACCAACUUUAGUAGUGCCCAUUAACAAGGAAACCAGAAUUCGGGCAGUGGAUAAGGAUGCCAUGAAAAGAAUCCAUACUUUCUCGAUCAUCAACCCUUUUGCUGGCCAGACUAUAACUCAGAUUUUUACUGCUGACAAUAGAGAAGAUCUUCAGAAAUGGAUGGAAGCCUUCUGGCAGCAUUUCUUUGAUCAUAGUCAAUGGAAGCAUUGUUGUGAAGAACUUAUGAAAAUUGAGAUUAUGUCACCACGGAAACCACCUUUGUUCUUGACAAAAGAGGCGACCUCGGUCUAUCAUGAUAUGAGUAUUGAUUCCCCUAUGAAACUUGAAAGUUUAACUGAUAUAAUACAAAAAAAAAUUGAAGAGACGAAUGGUCAGUUCCUUAUUGGUCAGCAUGAAGAAUCCUUACCACCUCCAUGGGCCACACUCUUUCAUGGUAAUCAUCAAAUGGUCAUCCAGAAAAAAGUAUUAUCUUCUGUAAGUGAGCAGUUACAUGAUGGGAAAGGGAAAAAGAGACAAGCUCCCCUUCCUCCUUCUGAUAUACCUCCAUUCAGCUUAAAAGCACAGACCAACAUGGAUCAAUUGGUUAAGGACAACUGGGCAAAAACAAGUGUGUCUUGGACCGCACCUUUGGAUACAAGAUUAUCAACCCUAACGCAUCACUUACAGAAACCAAUGGCUGCUCCUUGAAAACUUCUUCCUGCCAAGAAGAAUAGUUUAAGUGAUGGUGAGCACACAGACACUAAAACCAAUUCUGAAGCCAGGCCAGUGCCAGCUCCACCGCACAAAUCUAUCAAAGAUAUUUUUGAUCCUAGAUUGUGGUUGCAGGCACAAGUAUACAACAUUUAACAAAAUCUAAACUGUGAGGCUUAAUUCAGAGGAAUUAUAGAUGUAGUAAUAUGUAAUUAUGUAUGUAAAUAUGAUAGUGAUUUACAUCAAUAAUUAAUAAGUAUUAGUUAUAGAAAUGUUUUAUAAAGAAGAAAUGGAUUUCUCAUUUACUGCUGAUUUUCAGCAUAUAAGUGAUUUCCCCAACAGAGUGCAAGAGGCAGUUUCUAGACAAUAUCUUAAUUGUUAGAAGGGUUAAUUUAUUCCUAAAUUAGUACCAGGCAGUGAACAAGCACUAGGCAGAACAAAGCAUUAAAAUUUCUUAUGGAAAGAGACUGUCUAGUAAUUUAAAUGUGUUAAAUUGAGCCAUAUUCUCAUUGUGAGAAUUUUAAUAGUAAUGGAAUGUUUCAGAAGUUUUAUUCAAACCACCAAUUAUAGAAUCCACCCAAGAAAAUUUUCUUCUUAGCAUUCUGGAAUUCUCAUCUAAUGGUUCACUGGCUCUCAUCUAUUGUUUAACUCACUGGUUUAUAGGUCUGACCUUUUAAAUUCCUGGGAUAAAUUUUGGAAUAUUAAAUUCUUUAUCUUUAAAGGGAGUUUACAAUGUACUGUUCAAGGUUGUUUCCUUGAUGAACCCUGAAAUCCUGUUGACAUUAACUCUCAUAAGUGAAGCAUAGCAUUUAUUGGUUAAAGAGAAUGGUAGAUGAGCUAUUCUUUAUUUCCAGUUUUCUAUGUGUGGUACUGAUUUCCAUUGUGACUUUGGAAUUUGGGGAAGUGAGUAGCUGAUUAACACCUUAAAAUUCAUUUAAUACUCAUUUAAAAAGCAGAUGGCAGAUUUUAAAAUAUCAGAAAAGUUGGCCAUGGAAAUCGUUUUCAGGAUUCGUCCUUUUUUUUUUAAUUAGAUUUCCUUUUUCUAUAAGGGUUGAGGUCUGCUAUUGAUAUUAUUAAUUUAAAGUCAUUCUUAUAAUAAUAACAUCCGAAUCAUUACCAUAGGAGGUAAUUUCCAUAGCAACUAAUCAUAGUGACCUGAACAGGAUUAUGAAAUCAAGUGAAGAAUAAAUAGCAAGAGGAUAAAUAUCUUAAAGGAACAAAAAAAUCCAUUUCUUAUAAUGAUGGUUCUUGUAAACAAAAGCUAAACAUUUUUAAAAAUCUAAUCAGAAUUUCCAAAUAAAAUGGAUUCUAUAAGGUGUCAGUAGCAGCACUAAAAAUCUCAGAUCACACUGAACCCUAAAUGUCAUUACUAGAAAUAAAAAUAUAAAAAUUAAAUUGCUGUCCUGUGUGCAAUCUCUAGAAAUCUUUUUAAAGCUAGUAAGAGCUCUAGUUGGAUCAGAACUACAUUUUUACAAAGUAAAAUGAACACUUUACAAAAAAGUGACUUUUAAUUUCAGUGGAAACUUUCAUUAGUUUUAGCAGUCAUUUUUCAUUUAUAUAAAAUGAUGUAACUGCUAGGUUACUUUUGUGUUUGCCCAGGACUCCUAAUAAGAAUGAGGACUCGAGGGAGUAAUGACAUGAAAGGUCUCUUGUGACUAGCCGCACCCAGGAUCAACAUAGUAUUUGGUGAGAAAGAAACCUUGUAUGCUUGCCUAAUAUAAUUUAGAGACCAUCACAUGUAUGAAAAUCUAAACAAGUAAGAUUAAUUUAUUUUUUCUAACCAGAGGGUUUCCUAAAUUUCUAUUGUUUGCCAUUUUAGUAAAUUACGUAUUAAAAAUCUAAAUGACACUGUUUAAAUUUUUUAUUUUUUAAACCUCACUGCUGUUUGUGAAAGCAUUUGUGACUCUGUCAUUGCCUUUAAAUUGUUGAGCUAGAAAAUGCUGCAGGCAAAGUUGUUUCUGAAACUGGCAUCAAAGUAUUCUUUUUUCUUCUUCUUCUUCCCACAGUUGGUGUCUUUUUUUUAUAAUUGAUUGGUGCAAAUCAGUAUUAUAACUUCCAAACUAUAUUCUUGUCAUUUUUUCUCAUGCAAAUUAUAGAAAGAAGGAUUUAAGUUUUACAGGAAAGAGAAUUUAUUCCUUGAGAAAUUACUUAGCUGUUGUGCCAUCAGUAGGGAACUUUGGAACAGGACUGAAGUCCUUCUCCUAGAAACAUGUAGGUGAAGGAAGACCAAACACUGCUCCCCACCACCCACCACCCUUCCCAAAUUCAGGCUGUUUCUAGAAGGCCCAUCUCAUUGUGUGUUAGAAAGCCUUUGAAAUUAUCCUGAAGUCCUCAGCUGUACUUCCUUGACCGUAGCACCCAUUAAAUGCUAGUUCACUCUCCCCACCCCACCUCCCCAAAAUUAUUUGUUAUGCAAAGUGGGCUUUUUCUUUCUUCCUUUUUUUUCUUUUUGUCCUAAUUUAAAAAAAAAAAAAGUCUAAAAAUAUUGCGUUAAACACUGUCAGGGAGUUGGAGGUAUUUGAUUUUUUCAUUCCCUAAACUGGAAGUUUAUGACAAAAAUAUCACGUUUCAGCUUUUUUUGAGCUGGCUUUUCACAUUCUUUGUUUGCCCUGUUGAUUUGUUUCUUGAUUUAUAAAGAUUAUAAACUUGAAAUAAAUAGUUAGCUGUCAGACCUUAAUAAUAAUAUUAUCAUUGGAGAAACGUAAUAGAAAGAAUGGAUAUUUCCUGAUAACUUGAUAAUUCUGGUUAUCUGAAGUUAAUGUCUUAGACGAUUACAUUUACAUUUCUAGCACUGGGAUAUAAAGUACAACAGCAUUAAGAUAGUCUUAUUUUUAAUUGCCACAAAGUGGUAAGCUUUUUAUUUAAACAUCUUGCAAGGACCAAAGAAGGCAUUUUGUUAGUAUAUAUGUAUACCUCCUAAGGUAAACAGUCUUUCAGAAAUAUCAGGCAUGUCUUGCUGAGUUUUGUUAAGUCCUCCUUAACUGUCGGCAAUGCCCUCUGACUUCUUUUAAAUGGAUGUGAAUGUAUUUGGAAAAUUAAAACUAAUUCUUAUCAAUACCUUAUCUUUAUCCUGUAGGGUCCUACUGAAUGUAUUUUGCCUGGUACUAUUUAUUAAAAAUGGAAACUGCCUUGAUUUAGUGACAACUCAUGUAAGGUAGGUUAAGCAGUCAAGUAUUUCUUCAAGCUUAUGUUCUGCACCUCAGCCACCUACCGAGAAGUUAAUUAAUUUAAUUUAGUUCAGAAUGAAAUUACAGGGCAGGUCGGUGCAAUUUAUGUUAAACACCAUUUGAAUGUAAUCACCUGUGUUACCAUGACUAAGGACCAGAGCUAGAAAGAGGGAAUGCUGUACCAUGAACAGGGAGCAAAGUGCUUUGCAGGAAAAGUAUCAGGCCCUGUGGUCAUAAUUUAUCAAAAUUCAUUGUCUUUUUAAAGAAUGAAUUGUUCAGCAAUAAUUAGGCUUUAACUGAUGACCGUUUAUAUUCUGUUCGUUGUUCUCAGUGUUCUGUUAGUCUUAACAAUGUAGAUAGAGUUUACAUGUGAAAGGCAUUACUAUUUUAAUGUUACAUGUUUAUGUGUAACUACUACAUUGCCAGUAGUUACUUGAAAACGGUUUAUUCUGGAUCGUGCAUAUUCUUAGUUAACCUUAGGAAAGAUAUUAACCUUUGAAUUUUUAAAAGACAAGCUUUCAUUCAAAAAUAUAUUAGGAUGUUUUAUUUUCUGUGGCAUGCUUGUGUAAUUGGAAUUUGCAUUUUUGGUAAUUAUUAUUUUUUGACUAAAUAUACAUCAAUUUAUGGAUUAAGAGUAGUGUAUCUUUGACAUAUGUUUUCUUAAAGCACCAAAAAUAUUUGGUAAAGAAACUAAGUCAUGUGAUUAUAACUUCUGUACUUCAGCACUAAAUCAUGAAGACAUUUUCUAGCUGAUUUUCCCCUUGGUACUCCCUUCUGGGCUGAACUAAUAGAAGUAAGCAUUGUGAUAGAAGUGAUCCGAAAAAGACAUACUCAGUAGCUGAUGCUGAUUAUUAUAAAACUAAUAUCCUGAUAGCCUUGGUAUAAUGAACAUUUACAAAAUGUUUGCAUAUAAUCCUUCUUUCAAUGUACUCUUAAAAAUCCAUUGCUGUAAACCUACUUUUAGUUUACUGAUUCAGAAUUUCCCCAGAGUUUAAGCCACUCUGAUAAUAAAUUAGGCAUCUAGAACAUUCAGUUGCCUUAGCCACAAGAAGAUCCUUACUUUAAUGCACCUCCCUCAGUACUUAAUUUAUUCCCUUGGAGCACCUCAUGGGAGGGGGAGAGAAAUGAGCAAUGUUGGUUCAAUUACAUCAUCUCAACAUUUUACUUCUAAAUCUGUAGUGUGACCAGAAAUAUUUAAUGUUUCUUUUUGAAAAGAAUUUCAUUUUCUCUAAGGGGAGAGGCCUACUAAUCAAUGUGUUAAGAUAAACAAAGUACCUUAAGGUUCAAUUAGCAACAAAAUAAACUACAGAAAUAUUAACAAACAUUUUUAUUUAUCUGAGUAUAGGAAAAAUACCAAUACUUCUAAGUUUGAUAAUUAGAAAGCUAAGCAAGAUCAUUCCAAAUUUUACUAAAAAUUGUAUUUUACAUUGUAGCAGUUUGCUUUGAAGGAUAUAGUAAUCGCUUCAUGUAACUACUGAAGGAGAGGUAGAUUGAGAAGAUCCUGUAUAUACAUAAUUAUGCUGUGUUAUGCGUGUUUCAAAAAAGCAAAAUAAAUUUUUUUUGUUCAGAA